UCGACGUCAAUAAUGUUAUAUUUUUGAUAUAAAUUAAUAAUAAUUGAUACAACCCCAAAGUGUUUUGAAAUUCUCAGCUGAAAAUAGACCCGUUCAUUGUCUUAUUACGGCGUUCCGCGCAUCAACAGCACACGAUCGUCACAACAGUACUUGUUUCCUUUUAGUCGACCGAAGCUGUUGAAAAAAAAAAAAAUGCCCAGAGGCAAAUGGACCAACCACAAAGGAAGGAGCCGCAGGUUCACGAAUCCCGACGAACUCGAGGAACAAAGGAAACGCGAGGAACAAGAACGGAAAUGGAGAAGCAGUAGGGGCGAGGAUUCUUCUAGCGAGGAAGAAGAACAAAAGCCAGCGACCAAAGGCGACAAGAGCAACAGCGAAGACGACACCGAGGAGAGCGACAGCGAAUCGGACGAAGACUCCGAUGAUAAGAAAAAAGGCGUUGCCGGGCUCAUAGAGAUUGAGAAUCCAAACAGAAAGCAAAUGAAAGCCAAAAAGUUGGCCACGCUCAACGAAUCUUUAGAAAACGCUGAACCCGCACAGCUGUCUAGGCGCGAGAGAGAAGAAUUAGAAAAACAGCGUAAAAAGUUACACUAUCAGAAAUUACAAGCCGAAGGUAAAACCGAUGAAGCGAGAGCAGAUUUAGCUAGGUUAGCAAUCAUUAAGCAACAACGUGCUGAGGCUGCUAAGAAACGCGAAGAAGAAAAGAAAGAAAAAGAAAUGGCUAAAAUACAGAAGUCAGCGGAAACGCAAAAAGCUCUUGGAAAACGGUGAAGUUUUGUUAUUAUCAUAUGGACUGAUAUGUAAUAUAUAACAAAUUACUCUUAUGUUCAAUUAUUAUGUUAGACAUCAGUUUUGCAAAUUGCAACCUAUAAAAUAAUGUUUCACCCAUCAAAUUAUUGAACCGAUAUUUCAAUUACACAAGACUCAAAUAUUAAGUUUUUUUUUGUUACUUUCAAAAUUACUGAUUUUAAUUAUUAUAACUCUUAACGACAGUAUAUAUGUAUAUAAUGUUAUCAAACAAAUAUAUAUAUAUAUUUCAUUCAUUAUAUGCUAAUUCACAUAAUAAAUUAUUAACUAUUUAAAUUGUUA